AUGCCCAAAGAUACAAAGCUCUAUGAUGUGUUGGAGAACCCCGAUGCUGGAGACAAAUUCAAGGAAAUAAAUCAUGCAUUCGAAGUCCUGUCAGACUCAAACAAACGUGAAGUAUACGACAGAUACGGCGAAGAAGGCCUAUCCAACGAUGGAGGAAUGGGUGGUGGUGUCUCUCCCGAAGAUCUCUUCUCCCAACUAUUCGGUGGCGGUCUCUUUGGUGGGGGUGGAGGUGGUGGUCGAUCUAGUCGUCCAUCAGGUCCCAGACGUGGUAAAGAUAUGGCCCAUAGCUUAAAAGUAUCCCUCGAAGAUUUGUAUAAGGGUAAAACCUCGAAACUGGCCCUCCAAAAGCAAGUGUUAUGUGCUAAAUGUGAUGGAAAGGGUGGUAAAGAAGGUGCUUCCAAGACUUGUGGCACGUGUCAAGGUCGUGGUGUCCGUAUCGUCAUGAGGCAGAUAGGGCCAAUGAUUCAACAAAUGCAACAAACAUGCCCUGAAUGUAAUGGUGAAGGUGAAAUCAUUAAAGAAAAGGAUCGAUGCAAAGGUUGCAAUGGGAAAAAAGUCAUUCAAGACCGAAAGAUUCUCGAAGUAUUUAUCGACAAGGGUAUGCAAGAUGGCCAAAGAAUCACCUUUAGUGGAGAAGGAGACCAAGCCCCAGGUGUCGUGCCAGGAGAUAUCAUCAUUGUCAUAGAAGAAAAGGAACAUCCCAAAUUCAAACGUAAAGGAGACGACCUAUUCUUUGAAGCAAAGAUCGAUCUCUUGACUGCUCUGGCUGGAGGACAAUUCGCAAUCACACAUCUCGACGAUCGAAUGCUGGUGGUGACAAUCUUACCUGGUGAAGUCAUUACUCCUGGUGCUGUAAAAGUAAUCAAUGGAGAAGGCAUGCCAGCAUUCAAACGACCAUUCGAUAAAGGAAACCUCUACGUCAAAUUCGAAAUCCAAUUCCCUAAAGAUAGAUGGGUAGAAGAAGAUCGUCUAGCUCUCCUCGAACAAGUAUUACCUCCACGAGAUCCUCUACCUCCAACAAACGGUGCUGAAGUAGAAGAAGUCAUGUUAUCCGAUAUCGAUCCAAUGCACCAACAACGAUCUCAAUACAAUGGAGCUAUGGACGAAGACGAUGAUGGUAGACCUGCAGUACAAUGUGCUCAGCAAUAA